AAAAAUAAAUUGCAAUCCCCAUAUUGAAUAUUGCAAAAAGAUUCAAUAUAAGGUCCUGCAAUUAAAGUGUUCCCCAAGACACCAAAACAAUCUCUUCAUCAGCAAAGUAUACCGGAAAAUAUCGAAUCAUUUUCUAAUCAGUUUACGAUGUCGAUCUUCGAGUACAAUGGAAGUGCUUUAGUGGCUAUGGUUGGGAAAAACUGUUUCGCUAUUGCCAGUGACCGGCGGCUUGGUGUACAGCUGCAAACGAUUGCUACUGAUUUCCAAAGAAUUUAUAAAAUACAUGACAAGCUUUUUAUUGGCCUUUCUGGCCUCGGUACUGAUGCCCAAACCCUGUAUCAAAGGCUUGUCUUCCGUCACAAGCUAUAUGAGCUUAGAGAAGAGAGGGAUAUGAAGCCUGAAACUUUUGCCAGCCUUGUAUCUGCUAUUCUUUAUGAGAAAAGGUUUGGUCCAUACUUUUGCCAACCUGUAAUUGCUGGAUUAGGAGACGAUGACAAACCUUUUAUUUGCACAAUGGAUGCUAUCGGAGCAAAGGAGCUUGCAAAAGAUUUUGUUGUUGCUGGCACUGCAUCUGAAUCACUAUAUGGUGCCUGUGAGGCCAUGUUCAAACCUGACCUGGAACCAGAAGAAUUGUUUGAGACCAUCUCUCAGGCACUUUUGUCAUCAGUGGACCGUGACUGUUUAAGUGGUUGGGGAGGACAUGUUUAUGUUGUUACACCAACUGAAGUGACAGAGAAGAUCUUGAAGGGAAGGAUGGACUAAACACUUGUAGGUGCUAUACUUGUUCAACAUUGCACUCACUGGGAGGACAUUUCACUUUCAUUGAUGAAUACUCCACAUUUCAGAUUUGAUACUAUCGUAUUCGCUUCUCUCCAGGAUUGUUAUUUAUAUAUUCAGUGGUUGGUCACUAAUGAAUGUGAACAUUCUAGUUAGUUGACAAUUAGCUAUUUGAGCUUUCUAACGGAUUUACUUUACAUUGUGCCGGCGUAGCGUGUGUCAGUUGGGCCGGUGGGGAGGAUUCGCCACCCAAAUGGUCAACCUUCUACAUCCUGUCCCACUCGACCACCAAAAUAUGGUGUGACGAGGAUAGAUUUAGUUCUCUAUAGAGCACUUACUCUGCCUUCCUACUGUUGGAAUUAAUUUUUAUUUUUAUUUUUUUGGUCGA